AUGGAAGCUUUGCACAAAGCAAUAUAUACCACUCCGAUCAUCGAUAAUCAUGCACACAAUAUCUUGCAACCCUCAAAGAUAAGAAAAUAUGACCUUCUGAACGUCGCAACUGAAGCUGAAGGAGAUGCACUUCAAGAUUCAACCUCCUGCUUGGCCCAUAUCCGAGCAGUGAAACAGCUCUCGGAGAUUCUCAAAUGCGAACCUCGAUGGGAAGAGGUAAAGAAAGCUCUCAGUGCUAAGCAUAGUGACUAUGAAGAGUGGGCCAAAGAGUGCUUCGAUGGCUUAGAGACGAUUUUGAUUGACGAUGGGUUCGGAGAUCCAUCAGAAUGGCAUCCAUACGACUGGCAUAGUCGACUUACACGCUCCAAGUGUAAAAGAAUUGUCAGGAUCGAGUCAGUCGCUGAGGACAUCAUCCAAAAUCAUCUGGAAAGAAAAUCAACACUGGACCACGUCAUUGAUUUAUUCUCCAAGGCAGUUGUGGAAGCGAUAGAGGACCCAGAAGUGGUAGGCUUCAAAUCAAUCAUAUGCUAUAGGACUGGACUUGCAAUUCCAGAGCACAUACCAGGACCCGAGGCUGGCUUGAAACGGAUUGUCGGCGGCUUUGAUCCAGAAGAUGAAUACAACCUACAGGACGAAGAUCUAGCUCCAUAUUUCGUGAAUCUCGUAGCAAAGCUUCUUACCGACAAGAAGUGCAAGAAACCGUUCCAAUUUCACACCGGACUCGGUGACAAUGAUCUUAGCUUGACUCUCUCCAGUGCAGCACACCUCCAGCCCUUCAUCAAGAAAUGGCCUGAGGUCGUCUUUGUUCUCUUACACGCCAGCUAUCCCUUCACCACCGAUGCUGGCUAUAUCGCAUCUGUUCAUAAGAAUGCUUACCUAGACAUUGGGGAAGUCUUCCCUUACUUAAGCCAAGACGGACAAGAACGCGUUGUUCGAGAAUGCUUGGAUCUUGUUCCAUCUGAAAAGCUUCUCUGGAGUACCGACGGUCAUUGGUUUCCUGAGACCUACCUUUUAGCAGUCAAACAAAUCCGCGAGGCUCUUGAAGUAGUCCUUGGAGAGUACGUUCAAAGAGGUGCUGUUACUGAAGAGCAAGCGGUAAGGAUAGUUGAGGAUCUUCUCUUCAAUACUUCAAACCGACUCUACGACUUGGAUCUUGAACUCAAGCCACUGAAAUCACAAGAGAACUGCAAUACCCCCAAAGCGGCAGAUGCAAAAGCUUCAAGCUCCGAUGUUGCGAGAUUAGAGCGCUUCCUCAAACAAAACCAGUCUGUCAAAUUUCUCCGCUUUCAAUGGGUCGACUACACCGCAACAGUCCGAGCACGCGUUCUGCCUAUCAGCCAAGCACUCAAAUUAUAUAAGCAACGCAAGAAUCUAGGCAUAAGCAAAGCCGCCCUCGGCCUCCUUCAAACUGACUUCAUCUGUUCCAACUUCUCACCAGUAGGCGAAGAUAAUCUUGUCCCGGACUUCACGAGCCUUCGUCUCUCCAGCCGCGAGACUUACGCUUUCCUACAAUGCGAAUUCCGCGAGACAGAAAGUGGGAAGGAAGUAGCUAAUUGCCCGCGAAGCGCCCUCAGGCACCAAGUUGAGAAAGGGAAACAGAAUGGCUUCACCUUCAAGGUAGGAUUCGAGAUUGAAGUUGUCUUUAUGCGCCGCAGCCUCAAGGAUUCUCACUUCAUCUAUCACGGCGACGGUCUCACCGAAGGCCAUAAUUGGACCUCAGCAAGUUCGCUCCGUGACGACAAAAUCCUGUCUCUUGUUGAAGCUAUUGCCACCAAACUUGAGGUGGCUGGUAUAGAAGUCCUUCAGUUUCAUGCAGAAAGCUCUCCUUGCCAAUUUGAGUUCGCCUUGGGCGCCCUCCCGCCUCUUGAAGCAGCUGAUACCCUGAUAGCAGCCCGAGACAUCAUCUCUACUGUCACUGCAAACCAUCUUGAUGGCUCCUACCACGCGACUCUGUAUCCAAAGCCCUUCAAGACGGCUUGCGGCACCGGCGCCCAUAUUCAUAUGUCUGUGGAACCAGGUGAUAAGUGGGAACAUUUCAUAGCCGCUGUCCUUCGCAAUCUCCGUGCGAUGAGCGCAAUCCUCUACUCCAAUGAAGCGAGCUAUGCCCGUGUCGUGGAUAGUCUGUGGGCGGGAAGCACAUGGAUAGCUUGGGGUCCUCAAAACCGUGAAGCCCCAUUGCGGCAGAUUGAGGGAUCACAUUUCGAGGUAAAAUGCACGGACGGUUUGGCGAACCCGUACUUGGUACUCGCAGCACUUAUUGGCACGGGGCUGGGAGGGUUGUUAGAGAAGGCGCCGCUCGAAAUGAAGGCGUGUCAAGACAAUCCGGCAGAGUUGACGAGCAGAGAGAGGAAGCAUUUGGGGAUUACGGAACAAUUUCCAAAGGGGAUUAGAGACGCGUUGAGUCUUCUUGAAGAGGAGCUGGAAAAUGUGUCAGGACUCAAGAACGCGCUAGGACAGGAUGUAAUAAGGACAUAUGUUACAGUCAAAGCUACUGAGAUGGAGAUGUUGGAGGAGAUGGAUGAUGAGAGGAGGAAGAAUUGGUUGAUUGAAAGGUAUUGA